AUGGCCUCCACCCGUGUUCUCGCCUCGAGACUGGCCUCUCAGAUGGCCACCAAGGUCGCCCGCCCUGCCGUCCGCGUCCCUGCCCGCGCUUUCACUGCCGGUACCAAGGCCACCCCCCUCCAGGCCGUCAAGCGCCAGCAGAUGUCCUCCAUCAUCACUGCCACCCGCCAGAUCACCCAGAAGCGUGCCUACUCUUCUGAGAUCGCCCAGGCCAUGGUCGAGGUCUCCAAGAACUUGGGUAUGGGUACUGCCGCCAUUGGUCUUACCGGUGCCGGUAUCGGUAUCGGUCUCGUCUUCGCUGCCCUCCUCAACGGUGUUGCCCGCAACCCCGCCCUCCGUGGCCAGCUCUUCUCCUAUGCCAUUCUCGGUUUCGCUUUCGUCGAGGCCAUUGGUCUUUUCGACCUGAUGGUUGCCCUCAUGGCCAAGUUCACCUAA